AUGUCGGCAUGGGCAGAUGAGAUUGACUCCAUCUCUAUGGAUGAGGAAUACGAAGAGAAGGAUGUGAUGAUGGAGAAGCAGGCGGAGGAUCUCACAAGGAUGGCAUGGGAAAACGCCAAGACAGUGGUGGAGACCAUCACCGACAGCGAGAACAAACGGUAUGAGAUUGUGAAGAAGGUGCGCACAUACCAUGUCGAUCGCCCUGCGACGGUGGUAGACAUCCGUGCCCGCUGGCGUCGUUUUGGUAAAGACGACGACAAUCAACAGGAUCUCGUUUCGCGGGACCCGCCCAUUGUGCUAGAGCUAGGCGACAUUGACCCGCUGGAGCGAGUGGCGCGUGAUGAGGUGGUGCGCAUCAUGAACGAAGUGGAGAGACUGAAGAUUGACGUGACGGACCCGCGACUGGCGCGCUUCGCCAAACUGAAGGAGGAACAGGAACGGGCCGCCCAGCAGGAGGCCGCCCCAGCGGAUCACGGAAAGGAGCGUACAUGGGCCGCGGCAAGAGGCGAAAAGACUGUUGGACUCCGAAAGGAGGAUACCGACCGUCGUCUUCGUAUUACCAACAUUUCGGAUGACAUCACGAAGGAUGAGCUGUAUAAUAUCUUUGACACAGAUGAGUACAGAAUUGAGAGGUUGUUCCUUCCAACAGAUUCUGCAACGGGUAAUUACAGAGGAUUUGCUUUCAUUACAUUCGAGAGUUCCGAACAGGCUGAGCGUUGUCUCAAGAAAACUAAGGGUACUGCGCGCUUUAAGAAUACGGUGAUGCGCAUUGUACGAGCCCUACCAGAGGGUGAGCAGAGGCGUCAUUGA